AUGGCUGAGACUGAGCAGUUACCCGAGUCAAAUGUGGACGUACUCAUCAUUGGCGCUGGCCCCGCAGGGCUAAUGGCAGCCUGUUGGAUGGCACACUGUGGUAUCAAUGCCAGGAUUGUCGAUAAAAGGAACUCCAAGAUAUUCUGUGGCCAGGCAGAUGGACUUCAAUGUCGCAGUUUUGAAAUAUUUGACAGUCUUGGCUUCGCGGAUAGAGCUUGGAAGGAAGCGAAUCAUCUGAUUGAGAUGUGCAUGUGGAAUCCAGGAGCUGAUGGCAUAAUUCGUCGUUCGGAUCGCCUUGCGGAUACUCCCGUGGGAUUUUCUCGAUAUCAGCAGUGUGUCCUCCACCAGGGACGGAUUGAGCGUUUCUUCCUCGACAACAUCAAAAAGUAUUCCAAGGAUACGAUCCACAUAGAGCGAGGUGUCCUCCCCGAGUCCCUGGAGAUUGACGAGUCCAAGGUCGACGAUGCAUCUGCUUACCCAGUUACCAUAAAGCUGCGACGUCUUACCGAGGAGGAGGCCGCGCCUGAACAACAAGCCAAUGCAAGCAAGAUCGCAGACGGGCUUUUCCGAAGCUCUCUAAUCUAUGAAGAUGAUGAAGAGGACUUGAUCCAGAAGAGCCAGGCCCGAGCGGGAACUGGUGAGGUGGUGCACGCCAAAUAUGUCAUCGGGUGCGAUGGUGCGCGUAGCUGGACCCGUCGGGCUCUAGGUUUCGAGCUACAUGGCGAAGCAACCGAUUUCAUCUGGGGUGUGUUGGACAUCAUCCCUAUCACCGACUUUCCCGACAUUCGAAUGCGAUGUGCCAUCCAUUCAGCCGAGCAUGGUAGUUUAAUGGUCAUUCCUCGCGAGAACAAAAUUGUGCGGCUGUACAUCCAGCUAAAAGAGGUGGUUCCUGAUGCUUCAGGCCGCGCCGAUAGAUCUAAAAUCACCCCUGACCUCAUCCUACACGCCGCGCAGCAGAUUAUCAGUCCAUACAAGCUUGACUACGAGUACUGUGACUGGUGGACCGCUUACCAGAUUGGUCAAAGGGUUGGUACCAAUUAUGAUGCUCACGAGCGUGUCUUUCUCGCUGGAGAUGCAGUGCAUACCCACUCCCCGAAAGCUGGCCAAGGCAUGAACGUUUCCAUGCAAGACACAUACAAUCUUGGCUGGAAGGUGGCUCUCGUCACCAAGGGCAUUGCCAAGCAGAGCAUCUUGAAAACCUACGGGAGUGAGCGUCGCCAGAUAGCCCAAGACUUAAUCACUUUCGAUCAUAAGUUUAGUAGGCUAUUCAGCGGAAGACCAGCCAAAGACCUCAUGGACGCCGAGGGUGUGAGCAUGGAGGAGUUCAAGUCGGCAUUCGUUAAAGGAAACUUGUUUGCAUCCGGCUUGAGCGUCAAUUACGGUGCUAACGAACUUAUCGCAAAGUCGGUUGACGCCGCCCAACAAACCGGUGAAGGUGAAUCAACCAUUUCGACCGCGAUGCAGAUGUCACCCGAACUCUUCGCGAAGAGACAGGCCUUGGCUGUGGGCCUCCCAGUCGGGAUGCGUUUCAACAGCGUCAAGGUUCUCAAUCAAUCGGAUGCUCGACCGUGGCACAUCCAAAAGAAGCUCAAAGCCAACGGCCGAUUCCGCGUCGUGCUAUUCGCCGGGAACAUCCUAAGCGCCGCGCAAAAGGCACGCGUUGAUAAGUUCUGCGAGGCCCUCGAUGCGCCAACCAGCUUUCUGCGCACUGCUGCCACUACUGCCGGCUCGUCGCCCGACUCUGUGAUCGAGGUGCUGACUAUCCACUCGGCCAAGAGGGAGGAAACGGACUUACUGCGAGACUUCCCUGAGGUCCUCCACCCCUUUAACCCCCACACCGGCUGGGACUACGACAAGGUGUACGUCGACGAUGCGAGCUACCACGAGGGCUUCGGCGAUGCGUAUGCAACCUACGGCAUCGACAAGGAGCGAGGGUGCGUCGUAGUGGCGAGGCCGGACCAGCACGUUAGUUGGAUUGGUGAACUGGAGGAUUUCGACGAUUUACAGAAGUAUUUUGAGGGCUGCCUUGUGCUUGGCCCGAAGCCUUGAAAGUUGCAGCGUUGAUUUUCCUCCGCAUUGCAUCUUGUAUUAGCCUACUAGGUCUAAGGGUUAGAUACCUAGAAGUUGCCUAGGCAUGUAUAAGUAACAUAACAUGUCUGUGAUAUUAGUCGCUUCUCCUUUAUUGUCAAUUGACUCAGAUUUCUUAACUAUGCUGAACUCACUUCUCAGGUAGUUAGCUUCAAGAUGAUAGCCACAAAUGUCUAUUAUAUCCUCAGAUACUGCAUCUACUAUGUUAAGACACCACAAGAGCCAGGCCCUGGUCAGUUUCAAUACACAAACUUGAAGUACCUACAGCUCAUCGUAGUUUUCGAGCUUCGCAUCCGUCUUCUGCGCACGAAUCCUCUCGUGUCUCCUAUUACCAAGAUAGAACAGGACGAACGCGAGACUCGUGAGCACGAAGCCCAAAGCCCGUUGCGGCCGCGGUGGGGUAUCGAGGGCUCUCCCCCUUGAUGAAG